UGAGGAGGAGGAUGAUGCGGGCUUGACGCUCGCUCGAAUAUAAUCGUCAACGCCGCAUAUUUCGGAACGGAGGUCAACUGAGCCCAAAGACCCUGCAAAUAGCAAUGUGACGCCUAAACAGUAUACAGCUCUACUAGACUACUGCUCAAUCAUGGGUUAUGUAUGCGCCUGCUGUGCGCUUACCUUUAAAAACUCGCUCGUUGGUCUCUUCUGAGUCAUUGUUUUCCCUCGUUCGCUCUCUUGCAGAGUUUUUGGCAUGUCUCGCCGCAUUUUACUCACUACGAAUUGUGAAUAUGGACAAGCGAAUGUUGUUCUUGCUCUCGCAUAUGAGCUCGCCACACGACCCGGUGUCAAGGUUGCUAUCGCGUCCUUCGCAGCUCUCGAGAAACGCGUUACUCAGUUGCAAAUGCAACUACGAGACGCAGGUUACGAUUCGUCCGAUAUUUCUUUCAGUCUACUCCCUGGCCGUGGACACAUCGAAGCAGUUGGUAUGACUAGGCUUGAUACACCGCAUGGGCCUGGCGUCAAGCAAGCUCUGCAUAGCUUUCGCUAUGCGCCGAGCAUGCUGCUUCCGUGGACAGAGUCUGAAUACAUGGACCAGCUCAUAACGAUCGAAGAUAUUGUUCACAAGUUCGAACCGGAGGUAGUGGUGGUGGAGUGGUUCCACCGGGCUGGUCAAGAUGUAUGCAAAAAGCUUGGUUUGAAGUUCUUCGUGAUCACACCGAAUUCUCCGAAAGACAUAAUUGGCUUCCGACAGCCAUGGGCUGCUGGUUUGUGGAAGUUCCCUGCACUGUCUUCUGGAUAUGCAUACCCCCUGCCAUGGCCAAAGCUAAUACCCAACAUGUUUAUCAACCUCAUAAUCUAUAACAAAUCCCAUUCACCUAUUCUUGUAGAUCCCGAGAUCCAAUAUCUCUGCCCGUCUACUCCCGAGCUUGAUUUCCCCGUCCUAAUUCCUGAAAACCUCAUGCUAUGUGGACCUAUUGUUAUGCCCACAGCUCCCAUUCAAAUCGUUGAUCCAGAGUUGACAGCUUGGUUAGAUCAAGCACCAACUGUCCUGAUCAAUCUAGGCUCCCAUGUUACUUUUGAUCACUAUGCCAUUAGAGAACUCGCAGGUGGAUUUUUGCCGCUCCUACAGAGUCACCCUAAUAUCCAGAUACUGUGGAAACUUCGCCCUGAGGGCGAUAUCCAGAAUGUCCUUGAUGAAUGUGUUGAAAACAACGCAGAUGUCCGAGGGCGGGUUCAGGUCGUGCAAUGGCUCCAACCGGAACCCUUUGCGAUCCUCCAGCAUCCAAAUCUGAUAUGCUCCGUACAUCAUGGAGGCGCGAAUUCAUUCUUUGAAGCAGUGUCAGCCGGCGUUCCUCAGAUCAUUCUCCCCGUAUGGUACGACACGUACGAUUACGCCACACGAGCUGAAUGGCUCGGGAUUGGGCUAUGGGGAAGUCAUCGCAGUGCCCCCAAAGUUGAAGCUUCAGAAUUCGGAGAGGCUCUAAUACGGGUGGCAGGUUUCAGUGCGGAGGCGGAGGGUUUCAGAAUCAAAGCCCAGAGUUUGGCAGAGAGCUGUCGAACUCGAUAUACGGGAAGAGUUCGAGCUGCUGAUGAAAUUCUGAAAUUGUGAUAUGUAUAACCAGUAUAUUUAUGGCUCAAGUUCGAUGUAUACACACUGUAGCAUAGUUUUUGGGGUCUUCACGCUACUUGUUGCAGUUAUUACCAUUAUAUCCAUAUCUAUUUUAUUUCUGCAUACUCAUGCACAUGCGCCACUUUCAGUGUGCGAUCGUUCCCAAAGUAUGUUCUGCGUGUUUC